GUUGCCGGUUUGGGUGUACUCGGUGUGUCGCUAUGGCUUUUGUUCGACACGGACGUUGCACAGCAUAUGAUAAAGCUUGAUUCGCAUUUGCACGAGUUCUACGUUGCUGUCUACAUCCUGGUCGGUGUCGGUGCGCUCAUGUCACUUUUGGGUUUCAUGGGAUUUUGCGGUGCCUGGCGCAACUCCAAGUGUUUGCUUAUAUCGUUUUUCGCAUUACUGGUGCUCGUAUUCGUCGCCGAACUUACCUGUGGUAUUCUUGCUUAUUCGCACCAAGAACAGGUGAAGCAGUACAUUGAGCGAAGCAUGUACGAUACUGUCCUGCAUCACUACCAUCGCGAGAAA